CAUCGAUGAUAUUUAUUUUUCAUUCAUAAUAUCAUCCCGAUAUCACCAAGCAGCAGUUUCCCGUAAAUUCCGAUAUUUUAUUGAUAAUCAAUUUCAUUCCCGCGAUGACGGCAAUUCUGCCCAUUUCUCCGCCAUUCGCCUUCCUGGUAGGAGUUCUCACAAUCUUAUUAACCCUCCGGUUGUGGAAUCCUGUCAGAAAUUACUUGCAACAACGAUCCGCGUUCAUUAAAUUUGCAAAAACAUUACCAGGCCCACGGACAGUCCCUUUUUUUGGAAAUGCCUUGAUGUUAUGGGAAACUGACAAGACUGUGUUAACCCUGACGAGAAUCGGGCGUGAAAUAAAGGCGAGUACAUUCAGGUUCUGGUUGGGACCGGCUCUAAAAAUUGUGGUGACUGAUCCCCGCGACCUCGAGAUCAUCAUGAUGUCUUCAAAGGCCACUCGAAAAGAUGAUGUCUACCAGUUGAUGCAGCCAGCUGUCGUCAAUGGCCUCAUUAAUUCAGAAGGUGCAAUAUAUCGAGCUCACAAGAAAUUACUGACGCCCAUAAUCAAUAGUAAUAUUGCAGUCAAUCGAUACGCUGAGAUAUUUAAUUACCAGAGUUCCAUUCUUGUUAAACGUCUGCAAGAAAAAGUUGGGACAGGAGAGUUUAACAUGCAUGAACACAUUGGAUUUUGUAUCGGGGAUGUUGCUUUCGAAACAUUAACUGGAAUGCCAGGAACUUGCCAGAGCGGACAGCCCAGUCCAUUCUUAAAACUAACUCAAGAGGGAUUGCACAUUGUUUGCUAUAGGAUGAUGAGACCUUGGCUUUACCCGGAUAUUAUUUUCUCGUUGACGAACAGCGGAAGAAAAUUUUCGAAAAUAGUGGAAGAGGCUCACGCGUAUAUUGAUCAGGAGAUAAUAAAGAGGAUAAAUAAUCACAAACCGCUGCAUUCGGAGGAUCGCUACAACUUGGCUGUCCUCGACUACAUGGUUGACCAGAUGAUGAUAAAUGGUGAUUUGACAGUUGAAAAAAUUCGAUACGAGAUCGUUACACUUUUCGUCGGUUUAUUCGAGACCGUCGAGGGUUUAUGCUGCAUGAUCCUGCUGAUGAUUGCAAUGCAUCCAGAAGUGCAAGAGAAGGUCAGAGCCGAGAUAAAUAGCACAAUCAAGAAUGAUUACAUAACCGACGUUGAAACAACUAAUUUGGAGUACCUUGACAUGGUGAUCAAAGAGUCGAUCCGACUCUUCCCCGUGGGUCCUGUGCUUCCACGAAAAAUCACUGAAGAAAUGAAACUGUCGGAGUGCACCGUUCCAAAAGGUAGUUCUAUUUUUAUGUUACCUUUUGCAACGCACAGAGACCCGAAGCACUGGGAGAACCCUGAGAAAUUCAUCCCUGAGCGGUUUACUUUCGAAAAUUCGAGGGAUCGUCAUCCCUUCGCCUUCGUACCCUACAGUGGUGGUCCGAGAAUUUGUCCAGGUCCUAAAUACGGUGUCGUCUGCGUCAAGAUCGUCAUCGCACAGAUCCUGAGGAAUUUUAAAAUGUCGUCGUCGAUGAACCUGGAGACGAUGCCCAUACAUACCCAUAUUUCCACAAGGUCUGUCAAUGGGUACCACGUGAAGCUGGACAAAGUUGAUAUAAUACUUUCAUCCGGCAAGAGUACACACAAGGAUCCGGUCUACCAAUUAUUUAAACCGAUUGUGGAAUACGGUUUAAUCAACACAGAAGGAGCGGUGUACCGCGGCCACAAGAAGUUGUUACUAUCGAUAUUAAAUCACAGUUCGGUAAUGGAUAAGUACGUGGAGUUAUUCAAUAAUUACGCAAAUUUGUUUAUUGCGAGUCUAGGAGAAAAAUUGAACAAUGGGGAAUUUGAUGUUGAGGAAGACGUCAAACGAUGUAUCGGGCGUCUAGCAUUCGAGACAUUAAUGGGAAUAGUUGAGAAUUCCAAAUUGAAGGAUAAUAAUCCUUUCGUGGAGAGAGCAGAUCAGGCUCUGGGCAUUUUUAUAAACAGAAUAGCGAGGCCUUGGCUCUAUCCGUCGACAAUUUUCAAACUCACCCAACAAGGAAGAGAUUUCUAUCAAAUAAGCAGCCAGACGCAUGCAUUUGUCAAUAAUUUGAUUGAGACGAAAAGGAGUGCAUACAAAGCAUCGCAUGAAAAAAUUAUGAGUCCAGUGUUGGAUUCUCUUAUUGAUCAUGUGAUUAAAACAGGUGCAUGGAGUGAGCCUGAAGUGCGAGAUGAGAUUAUUACGACAUUUGUUGGGUUGAAUGACACAAUCGGAGGACUUUUGUGCUUCGUAACACUGAUGCUGGCAAUGCAUCCUGAGGUUCAAGAGAAAGCGAGAGGUGAAGUUAAAGAGGUUGUAGGUGAUGAGGAAGUGACCACCGAGGCUAUUUGCCAGUUGGUUUACAUCGACAUGAUUGUUCGAGAGACUAUAAGAUUGUUCCCCGUGGGUCCUCUACUUCCUCGGAUAUCGACAGAACCAAUAGAGCUCAAUCCAACUCCUUGGAUUUUCUCAUUCGUCUUCUGCGUUCAAAUUAAAAUGAGUGUCUUCAAUGAAUCAUUCGAAUUUCUGUCACAACUUUUGAUCUCUUUGGAAAUUUUUCUGUCGUCUCUUCUGCGAGGUGGAAUGAACAUUUGGAGAAAUAUCUCCGAAUAUUUACAACGGAGAGAAAAAUUUCUCAAAUUCGCUGAGACAUUGCCAGGACCACCAGCACUGCCUAUUCUCGGAAAUGCUUUAGAAUUAUGGGAGAGCGAUAAGGCCUCUUUAGUUUUCACGAAAAUCAGUCGUGACUUGAAUGCCCCAUUAUUCAGGUUUUGGCUGGGACCGGUUCUCAAAGUGAUAGUGACGGAUCCCCAGGACUUUGAGAUAAUCCUCUCAUCAUCGAAGAGCACUCGAAAGGACGAAGUCUACCAAUUGCUGAAGCCAAUCGUCGAGUACGGACUCAUCAACAUAGAAGGGGCUGUGUAUCGGUACCACAAGAAGCUAUUGCUAUCGAUAUUAAAUCACAGUUCGGUGAUGGACAAAUAUGUGGAGUUGUUCAAUCGGUACGCCAAGAUGUAUGUUGCAAGUUUAGAGGAAAGGGUGAACAUCGGGGAAUUCGAUGUUGAAGAAGACGCUAAGCAUUGUAUUGGCCACCUAGCAUUCGAAACCAUCCUGGGUAUGGCAGAAGCUGUCACGUCGGAGAAUCAAAAACCAUUUGUCGAAAGAGGAGAUCAAGCUCUGAAUAUUUUUACUCACAGAAUGGCGAGGCCUUGGCUUUAUCCAGAAUUCAUCUUUAAAUUGACGCAAAGAGGGAAAGACUUUUACUGGAUAACCGACAAGACACAUGAAUUCAUCAAUAGUGUAAUUGAACUUAAGAAGAACGAGUACCAGACAUCACAUGAGAAAGUUAUGAGUCCGUUGGUGGACUCUCUUGUUGAUCAUGUGAUGAAAAAUGGCGCCUGGUCUCCACCAGAAGUUCGUGACGAGCUGACCACAACUUUCGUUGGAUUGAAUGACACAAUAGGAGGACUUUUGUGCUUCGUAACACUGAUGCUGGCAAUGCAUCCUGAGGUUCAAGAGAAAGCGAGAGGUGAAGUUAAAGAGGUUGUAGGUGAUGAGGAAGUGACCACCGAGGCUAUUUGCCAGUUGGUUUACAUCGACAUGAUUGUUCGAGAGACUAUAAGAUUGUUCCCCGUGGGUCCUUUACUUCCUCGGAUAUCGACAGAACCGAUAGAGCUCACGAGCUGCACUGUUCCAGAGGGUUGUUCUCUGUACAUGGUGCCCUUCGCCACCCACAGGGACCCCCGCUACUGGAACAAACCCGAGGAAUUCAUCCCCGAACGUUUUACCCCGGAGAAUUCAAAAAACCGUCACCCAUUCGCCUAUCUACCCUUCAGCAGCGGCUUCAGAAGCUGUCCCGGAUCAAAGUACGGCAUGAUGAGUCUCAAAGUUCUCGUUGCAUACGUUGUUCGAUCAUAUCGCCUCGAGUCAACCAUGAAGCUCGACAAAAUUCAGCUACACACGCACAUAUCCACCCGAAGCUCCGACGGAUAUAAACUAUCCAUCCAAAAACUUUAAU